AUGUACUACAUAUACUAUUCUGCGCUGGCCUAUUGUGUACCGUACAGAGAGGACUUGCGGGCACAGUACAACUCCGGUAACUACUACCUGUCUGUGCAUGUGGAGCACCUGAGAAGCGCAAGCGAAUGGCUUGCUGAGCGAGUGCUGAACCACCCAGCCAAGUACCUGCCAAUCUUUGAGAAGGCGGCUAAGAAGGUUGUAGAUGAGAUCACACGCCCAAGGCCCAAUGACGACCCCGUCAAACCCAUCCAGAUCAUGCUCACCACAGACCGCAGUGCUACCACCAUCCGUGAAUUGGACUCGACGCAUGUGUCCCGUAUCGUGCGAGUGCCUGGGAUUGUCAUCAAAGCGAGUAAUAUUAUAGCCAAGGCCACCCACGUCCGCAUCGAAUGCCGUAACUGUGGAGAUGUGAAGGAUAUGACCAUCAGACCCGGUUUUUCGGGGGCCAUGUUGCCCCGCACGUGCGAUCGCACAGCCGUAGAAGGCGAGGAGAGAUGCCCCAUGGAUCCAUAUGAUAUCAUUGGCGACAAGUGCCAGUGCGUAGAUCAGCAAACACUCAAGCUGCAGGAGGCUCCGGAAAUGGUCCCUACUGGAGAGCUGCCAAGGCACAUCAUGUUAUCGGCCGAUAGAUUCCUUACUCGUCGAGUAACUCCAGGGAGUCGAGUGGAUGUGGUUGGUGUGUACGACAACUACCGCAACUACUCGAACGGAUCUAAGAGUAGCGGAGACACAGGCACCGUCAUCCCUUAUAUCCGAGUUAUAGGCUAUAUGCUGGAGGACGAUGCCAACAGCAGAUCCACUGCUCUCUCCAAAGAAGAGGAGAAGCAAAUGUCUGAGCUGAGCAAAGACCCCGAGUUGUAUGAGAAGAUCACACAGUCACUCGCACCGGAAAUCUACGGUAGCGAAGACAUCAAAAAGAGUAUCACGUGCCUACUGUUUGGUGGGUCGCGGAAAGAGCUACCCGAUGGCAUGCGCUUGAGAGGAGAUAUAAAUGUGCUGCUGUUAGGUGAUCCGGGUACGGCUAAGUCGCAGCUGCUGAAGAAGGUAUCGAAGCUCGCUCCGGUUGCCGUGUACACCUCUGGCAAAGGUAGUAGUGCGGCUGGUCUGACCGCUUCAGUAGUGCGAGAUACGUCGUCGCGCGAGUUCUAUCUUGAGGCGGGUGCCAUGGUUCUGGCUGACGGAGGCGUUGUGUGCAUUGAUGAGUUCGACAAGAUGAGGUUUGUAAAAAGGCUGCUACCUAAUCUAUUCAUGAGAUCCACUCAUGUGUGCAUACACAAACACUCUUUUCUCACACAAUGCACAUACACCGACGAAGAUACCAAACUAACUCACAUCAAAUCAGAUAAAGCCACCAUCUUGUCGCGUUUCGAUAUGAUCUACAUCGUCAAGGACGUCGCCUCAGAAGAACAGGAUAGCCGCAUAGCUAGGCACGUCACACGGUUCCACCAGAAUAUCACCACCACCAGUGAGGCUGCUCAAGGCCCUAUCGACGCAGACCUGCUGAGAAAAUACGUCAACUACGCCAGAAGGCAAUGCGGGCCACGGUUAAAUCCUGAAGCCAAAACCAGACUGAUUAACGAAUUCGUCAACAUCCGCUCACAGAAUAAGAGCACCCGUCGCACCAUACCCAUCACUGUCCGUCAAUUGGAAGCCAUCAUCCGUAUUUCCGAAUCUUUGGCCAAGAUGCGCUUAGCCCCGUUUGCGUCAUAUACAAAUGUUGAGGAGGCGUUGCGGUUGUUCCGUGUAUCGACACUGCAAGCCGCACAGAACGGAGAUGUAACUGGUAUGGAAGGGAUGGGCGUUGCAAAUGACAAUGAAGAGGUUCUUCGAGCCGAGAAAAGGAUUCAGAAGCGAUUCCCCAUUGGUGCCUCUGUGCGCGAGCGGGUGAUCCUGGAUGAUUUCGCCUCGAAGGACUUUUCUGAAUAUGCUGUGCGUAAGGCUAUAUGGGUCAUGUUGAAGCGCGGUGAACUUGAACAUCGAUUCCAAGGAAAAGUGCUUUACAGGAAGCGAUAGCGCUCGAAUCUAGAUACACACUACCCAACACGCUCAGCUCAUCGGAAGUAAGCUUGUGCUGAUCAUAUCCAUCCCGGGCACACAUAACUCGCAUGUGACGCUGUGUCUACUUCAACACUCCUUUGGAGGCUGACCUCCACCGUACUUUAGUAGGUAAGUAUGGCGUCAAACACAGGCAAGUGGAUAAUCGAAUUGGUAUCCAGUAUCGCUUAGGCCUCAGACUGUGAAUCGACAGCAUCUAAAUUUUCAGUGGGGAUUGCAGUACAUCACUGCGAGUCUCGAUUGGUGACCUUUCGCUUUUCGGGAAAGCUAUAGUUGUGUAUACAUACUGCAUAAACCAGGAUGUCUGGGUGACGUCCGGCGCGGGCGACGUGAGGACCGCUUAUAUACAUACCCAAAUACAUAGUGCUUAGCGGAGAGAUUUAGCUCCACUCUAAGUUGCUGUGCAGCAAGUGUCUAGCGCUCAGCCGGUGGCACGUCCUAAGGAAGCAAAGCCAUUAUGAACUGUAGAAUUCAUGGAAUCGCCUGAAUUUGCGUAUAAAAUUAAUAUAUGAAUCCCGUAAUCCAGACUGCUGGCUGUAUCAUUCUGACACGCUGGUAUGUUGGAAUGGUUCCGUUUGUUUCAAA